AUGGAGUACAAAGAAAAAAGAAAAGAGAACGGAGUGACAAGAGACAAGAUAAAACGACAGAACAACAGAUCUAUCAGUUUAGUGACUACAGUCUUGUUUACGCCUGGUGGUGUAGGAAGAAAUGUAUAGGCUGAGUGCAUCUUCAGACUUGGAAUUAGACCUUUUAUGAUUGCUACUUUGGGAAUCGAUGGUCCAGCCAAUGUAUUAUUAAAAGACUGGAAGCUCUCCAUGGAAGGAAUCUUGAGACGUGAAGACAUUAGCACUCCCAUUGUAUCACUCGUAUAUGACACAAAUGGAGAAGUUGCUGCUGGUGUGGAUGCAGUUGAAAAGUUUCUGACACCUGAGUGGAUCCAGCGGUUUAAAUACAACAUAAGCUCUGCUCCUGUUCUUAUGGUGGAUGCAAAUCUUACCACUCUUGCUUUGGAAGCAUCCUGUAAAUUGGCUGUAGAGUUCAAUGUUCCUGUAUGGUUUGAGCCUGUGUCAGUCACAAAGUCUCAGAGAAUCGCCUCAGUUGCCAAGUAUAUAACAGUAGUGUCCCCAAACCAAGACGAACUCAUAGCGAUGGCAAACGCUCUCUGCGCCAAGAAUUUGUUCCACCCCUUUAAAUCAGAAGAAAAUACGCUGUCCAUCGAAGGCAUAUUCCGCGCGCUAAAACCAGCCAUUUGGAUUCUCCUUGAAAAUGGUAUUAAAGUAGUUAUUGUAACCCUUGGAUCCAAUGGAGCUCUCCUAUGCUCCAAGGGAAACCCGAAAAAGGCUCUGAACAUAAACCGAAAGUUUAUCAGAAGUGGAGAGAUCUUCAAAAGGGUACAAUCUGUAUGUCCACCAAACCGGUUUUCUGAAUUAUUAUCGAAUCGCAGCCCAAGUCUUUUCGCAAUGCAUUUCCCAACCAUCCCAGCCAAAGUCAAGAAACUCACUGGUGCAGGUGAUUGUCUGGUAGGCGGGACAGUCGCAUCGCUAAGCGAUGGUUUAGAUCUAAUUCAAAGUUUAGCAGUUGGCAUUGCCUCGGCUAAAGCAGCGGUUGAGUCAGACGACAAUGUGCCUCCUGAGUUCAAUUUGGAUCUUGUUACCGAUGAUGCGGAGUUGGUAUACUAUGGCGCGAAGAUGUUGGUGGUUCAUCAGUCGAUGCUAUGA